CAAAACGCGAAUGAGUGUGUUUGUGUUUUUCGCGACGGAGUUUUUCUCGUGAUUCUCACUGAUAAAAUGGGUCAAAAUUCCAGUAUUCCUGACCAGUUAAUGCACAAUAAGGUGGUGGACAAUGUGCACUUAGAGAUUGUCAAACACACGAAGGUUUUCACAGAGAUUGGACAGCUGACUUACGAUGAGUUCCAGGAGUGUGUCAGAGAUCUCAAUGAAUUGUCCAGGAAGUGCAUAGACUCCCAGGGGAAUCAACUCGUGUUUGCCGUGAAGCGCGGCACCGACAAUUCAGUCCUCUGGAAGGCAACAGUUCAGAUCGCUUGUGUGAAAGUGGAAGUUCUUACCCGGAAGAUUGAAAGCUAUAAACUCCUGAACCUCAAGCAGUUUCUCACCGUCUUCCGCACCUUCCGCUCCCAUGUGGAGACUCUGAUCGCCGUAGAGAAUCGAGAGGAACGCAACAGAACGGCAUCAAUGAUAAUGCACGAAGUGGACACAAUAACACACACGCAGAGUCCUACCGGAAGUUCCAGUCUCGACUCAGGCGGUCCCGAAUCCGCCAGCGAGUGCUGCAUUUGCCUGGACAGGGCGCCAGAAGUUCUGCUGCCCUGCGCCCACACGUACUGUUGUCCCUGCAUCGAGCAAUGGAACGUGAACAACAAGUUCUGCCCGAUUUGCCAGGAAGAGCUGAACAGUACAGAUGACACUUGGGUCUUGUCCGAGAUCCCGCCAUCCCAGGAAGUCUCUGAGCAGAUCUGCACGGAGCUCAUGAAGCUGGCCAAGGAGAACAAGUGAGAAAAGGAUUCGGCGGA